AUGGGGAAUGAAAGCUCUGUCCUUUUGGACGAAAGCACCCCACCAACAACCCUGAAAUCCCGCUCGCUCGAAGGGAUCGCUGAGUAUAUUAAAGAAAAGAAUAUUCGACGGAUUGUGGUCCUGACUGGUGCGGGAAUUAGCACAGCCGCAGGAAUCCCAGACUUCCGUUCUCCGGAUACGGGAGUCUACGCAAAUCUCGCCCGUCUAAACCUCCCGAGUCCAGAAGCCGUAUUUGAUAUCUCCUACUUCCGCAAAAAUCCAUUCCCCUUUUACGCCCUGUCCAAGGAGAUGUUUCCCGGCCGCUAUCGGCCAACGCUCACCCACUCGUUUAUCAAACUCCUCUACGAUAAAGGCCGUCUACUCAAGCUCUUCACUCAAAACAUCGACUGUCUGGAACGGGAAGCAGGUGUACCGGGGGAAAUGAUUGUGGAAGCACAUGGAAGCUACGCAUCCCACCGAUGCAUCGAUUGCAAAGCUUCAUUCCCCGAAGAUUUAAUGCGCAAGGCUAUAGAUGCAGAUGAUGUGCCUCGGUGUCUCGGAUGUCAGGGGCUAGUGAAACCUGAUAUUGUGUUCUUUGGAGAGCCCCUGCCAGAGACUUUCUUCAUGAACCGCACGCUCACUGUUGCGGCAGACCUGUGCAUCAUUAUGGGCACUAGUUUGAGUGUACAGCCGUUCGCUAGUUUACCUAGUCUGUGCAGGGAUGGGUGUCCUCGCCUUCUGAUUAAUCUCAAUAGGGUUGGGGGCCUCGGUAGCAGGCCAGAUGAUGUUUUGCUACUAGGUGAGUGUGACGAUGGUGUGCUGAAAUUCGCAGAGGCGUUGGGUUGGCGGGAGGAGCUGGAGGAACUAUGGGCGCGGACAAAUCCUAAAAAGGCAGGUUUGACGAAUAAGGAAAAAGAAAAACUAGCUCGCUCCAAGGAUGAACAGUUACGUGAUGAGGUCGAACGGUUGGCAGGAGAAGUGGAGCACACUCUGCAAAUAUCGCGAUCCCACGAGGCGCGAGUCCGUUCAGAGCUACAUAUAGGGGAGAAGGUGGAAACGGCAAAAGGAGCAGAAGGACCAGAAGGACCAGGCAAGCGUGAAUCCCCAGCCACUUCCAGGGUUGAAAUCAAUCGCGAAAUGGAGAAGGAGGACAACCAGCCUUCCGGAUCGGAACAACCCGACCCUGUGGCCCAGCAACAAAGCAAGCCAGAUGCGAAAUCUGCCGGCGAUAGUGCAGUAAACCAGGAUGUAUCCUCUCCACCGCCAACCACGGAACCUAAUAAGGGAACUGGCUAG